AGAGAGUGGGAGAGGAGAUUUGUGGAGGAGGUGAGGGAAGGAGCGUAGGUGUAAAAGGGGAUGGAGAAGCAGCAUUCCUGACCACACAGUUACAGAACGGGAGGAGAAAGAGGGAAAGAAGUUAAUCUGAAAUCCAGAUGCUUUGAGAGGACCAACAGAGGGUCAAACCAAUUCACACACACACACACACACACACACACACACACACACACACACACACACACACACACACACACACACACACACACACACACACACACACAGAGCUCCCCUCUCUCCUUCACAGACCUCAGGACCUCAGUGGCUUUACAAGUCAGGGAACAUCCAGAGGACCCAAACAUCAACUGGAUACUUUUUUAUGCCUGUUUUUCUUGUAAAACUCUGACUUUCCAGCCUGCAGUGAAAACUAAAGGACUUGUUUUUGGGGUCUGUUUUGUACUUAAACUGUUUGCUUUUCCCCCCUUUCUGCAGGAAUUUCCAGGUGUAUUAAUGGCGUGAACGGUCACACAGCCAUCCAGUCAUGGCACUGUGGUGGUGCACCAAGCUCUGCUGCAGGUUGACUGCAGCGUGGUUUCCUCUGCUGUUUUCAUCACUACUGUGCCAAACGAUCUCCCCUGUCUAUGCUGCCCCGUCUUGCCCGCGGACCUGCAGCUGUCCAGGCGUUAAAGAGGUCCACUGUACGUUCAGACACCUCACCACCAUACCAAAAACCUUUCCUAAAGACACAGAGAGGCUCAACCUGGGUUAUAACAGCCUGACGGAGAUCGAGGGGUCAGAAUUCAGGUCACUACGGCAACUGGAAAUGCUCAUGUUGCAUGGCAACGACAUUAGCACAGUCCACCCUGGGGCGUUUUACAGCCUAAGAUCACUACAGAUCUUGAAGCUGAGUUACAACAAGCUAACAUCAGUGAACAGUGGCCUGUUUGAGGGUCUUGUUGGUUUGAUCCGUCUCCAUCUGGACCAUAACCUUAUAGACUUUAUAGAGCCAUACUCCUUCUCUGGCCUGACCUCCCUAAAACUCCUGCAGCUGGAGGGGAACGUCCUCAAAGAGAUCCACCCUCAUACCUUCGUAACAGUGUCAGUACUAGGAAACUUUUGGACGUCUGGACUCAAACACUUACACCUGUCAGACAAUCUACUGGAGCAGCUCCCUGCCACAACACUGAAGACUGCUCCCAGGCUAGAGCUGCUAUCUCUUCAUGGUAAUCCCUGGACCUGUGAUUGCCAGCUUCACUGGCUGGUAGAAUGGAGUUCUGAACACGAAGGCGUAAUAAAGUGCAAGAAGGAACGUGGCUCCAGUGAGACUUGCCCCCAGUGCUCCUCUCCUCAAACCUUGAAUGGCACCCACCUGUUAGGGUUAACUCCAGACAAACUUACCUGUGAUCGGCCAGCUCUUCAUUCCCCUCUCAAACAGUGGGACAAUCCCGUGUGGGCCGAAUCUGAAACAGAGCCUGACCUCCCGUACACCCGGGACUUUGAAAAACCUUUGGGCUACCUGACCUUUGUUCUCUCUGACAGCCAUGGAAACCAAGCUCAUGUGGCAUGUGAUGUGCGCCACCCUGGAGACAGUUCACCUAUGACUUGGUCUGUAAAUCCACUUUCACCUGGGGAGUUAUCUGUCAACGUAUCCCUAGUGACUGUCCUUGAGUGUGAGAUUGAUCGGGAAAAGUUGCAAAAUCUGUGGCAACUGGUUGCAUAUUACUACGAAAGCCCUGCUAUCUUGGAGAGAGGACAACAAAGAGGAAAUGCAAGCAGAGUAACCUAUCAGUAUACCCAAGCUGUUAAUGAAAAUUCCCCAUAUUUCACAGAAUUAAAAGGGUAUUUGGUGGCAGAACCCUCGUGGCUGCUUCAACCCAGAGUCACUUUGAGGCUCAACAGACAGCAGACAACAACUAAGAAACUAGUGAUGGAUUUCACCGCUUUAAUUACCAAGCACGUCAACAGUCACAGAGGGCAGGAAGAUGGCAAUGACUUCGCUUCUUCCUGGGCACUGAUUCGCAGAGGGACAGCGGGGCGCAUUCAGACGGCUCUUGAAGGUUCAAAGGUUCGCUUGGAGUGCAAUAUCAUCACUUCAAAUCUGCAGGUGAAAGUGGAGUGGAUGCUUCCAGAUUUGACCAUUGUGGAAGAAGCAAAUGAUAAAAUAGAAAUUUCUGAAAGAGGAGAACUUGUGAUUUUAAAUGCCACGCUCUCAGACUCAGGCCUCUACCACUGUAUGGUCAGAAUCAAGGCUGGUGUGGAUUUGAUGCCUGUGAGACUCACCAUUAAAGAACUCUCACUUAGCCCCACUGCUUUCAAUGGUCAGAAAGUUGUAGUUGAAAAGGGACACUCAUUAGCUCUUCCCUGUGACGUGACCUCAGUUCAGCCAAGUCUAACUAUGUGGUAUUUGCCCAGAAAUCAAUUUCUACUCCCGACACAACAGACAAGAAGAGCAGAAGUGAUGGAAAAUGGGACUUUGAUAGUAAGAAAGAUGACACAAGAAGAUGCAGGGGAAUACAGCUGCUUAGCCUCAAAUCUGUACGGAGUUGACAUGCUAUCACACAUGGUGGAAAUCAUAGGAGAAAAAGCCUCUGGUAGGUCUAAAGUAGAGACAGAGAGAGAGCAGCAGUUCUUACCAACUGGCAUGGAGGAAGGAGAGGGCUCAGGGGGAGAUUACCAGGAAAUUGUACGUCCUUUUGCUACGCAGUUUCCAAAGAGGGUAGGAACACAGCAAAGGAACCCCAAUGGGUUUUCCAAAAGAAUAAGAAUGAAAGAUUUAAAAAGAAAACCCAAUAAAUCCGUUAAGGAAUUAGAUCCAAAUCGUUGGGCAGAGAUAUUGGCUAAAGCUAAUGCUAAACCAAGUGUUGCUCUGCCCACUGAGCAAUCACUAGAAGAGCCUAGUACUGUAACAGUCCAAACAAGAACAUCCAAACCUACUUCAAGAACUCCUACUACAACUGCCACUAAGAACUUACCUGAUACUAUCACCUCUCCUCAUAUUACAAUAGAGCCCACAAAUUUUCCCAUUAACACAAGAGUUAAGUCUGAGGCCCAUUUAAAAAAAGACAAAAAAGGGGAUAUCGUUAAAGACUCUGAAACAUCAGAAAGUCUGCCACAGGUUUUACAUCCACCACCUCCCAGAAUUAUGGAACCAUCCCUUCACCAUGUUGGUCAGAUUACAGAAACACCUCAAUCUAUCACAGACUCUCCUGUUAUUGGAACGUCCCAGCCAGUUCAUCAGUCUGAAAAUAAGAAUUUUGGAGAGGGGAGAAGGAACUACAACCUUGUUCCUGGUCGGUCAAAUAGGAGAAGGCCUCCUUAUAGACGCAGAAGACCCCCAACAAGGAGAGUCUAUCCACAGCUAAACCCAUUCUACCAUCCAUUAAACAAGUCUCAAACAACUGCCCUCCCAACAACAACCACCACACCAACAACGACCAUGACCACAACUACUACUACCACUACUACUACAACAACAACACCUGUUCCAACCACAAUGGAAAACCAUGAAGACUUAUCUGCUGAGUAUCAAACAGAAGAAGAUGAAGGUGAAUACUAUGAGGAAUAUAAUUACAAGGAUAGUGAUAGUCUGGAUGCCAAGGAAGAUUUAAACAGUGAAACUCUUCAUAUCACUCAUGAUCUUGACAACAGCCUUACCACAAUUCCAUCAGUUACAGAAAAAGUUCCAGAUGCAGGUAGCACUCUAGGCAGACAAAAUUUACCUAAUCCAAAGACAAUUGACACCCUGAAGACAGAUAAUGCCCCUCAUCCAACUGUUGAUGAAAAAGAGACAUACGCUGUCAACCUAGAGAAAUCUGAGAGACGCAGGGUUGAGAUCACAACACACACAGAGAGUGAGAGGAAGGUAAUAAUAGCAAUGGAACGACAAGAGAAACAUAAAACAGGCAUAGAGGGCAGUGAGGGAGACACAGAAAAAUCUAAAAAGGAGUGGGUUACACAGAGAAAUAAUACACAGGACAGCAUCAGGCUAACCACACAAAAUAUUGCAAGACCUAACACUCGACCUUCACAAGAGCAAAAUAUACCAACCCAUACAAGAACUUCAUCUUCUAGCGUCAUUACCUCACAUUCAACCAGAGGGAAAACAAAUGAAGAAGUCACACAGAGCAAAGGUAAAGAGGUAAACAAGCCAAGAGUAAAGCCUGAGAUCCACAGUUUCCCAGUAAUGGAGCCAAUUCAUCCCUGGCUCCAUCAGAACAACCAGGGAAGAGGGCAGACCACCACUUCCAGGACAACACACACAAAUCAUGACAGAAAUACAGGAAGACAGGGAGAAGUAAAUCCAGUCAGACAUUCACAGCCUCCCAGAGUUGUCCCAACUGCCCGGUGGCCUUCACACCAUCAUCAUCCUCAUUACUUUCCCCUCUACCCUUCCUGGCCAGGUCAAAGGUCAUUUUCUCACCCAAGGCAAGGGACUGGAUCACACCCUGUACCCACUCAUCGACCCUGGCCUCUCCCUCACCCCUGGGCUCAAGGCCCAGUUGUCACCAACAGACCAGAAAUCACAGCUGAAACAGUCAAACCCACACCUACAGCUUCUGUAAUAGCUGGAAAUCCCAGAUUCACAUUAUCUAAUCUCCACCCGUCACAUCAUCAUCAUCAUCAUCAUCAUCAGAAUCAUCACAUGGAUAGCAGGACCCAAACUAGAGAUCAACUGUUUCUGUCAAGGCUGAGGAACAGAUACAGACAGGCACAGCUCGAUCGCAUCGCUCAGCUGGGGAAGAUGGUGACACCCAAACCUCGCACAAACUACUACAAUCCUCCAUCUCCCAUCACACCUAAAGCAAACCCUCCAUCCCCACACAGACCACCAGCAGCCACUGACACUUACAACCUGCAACCUCCAAACCCUGCUAAACCUUCAUCAUCAUCAUUCUCUGGUUUCAUCCCAACUGCCCGCCCUCACCAGCCCACAACCUCUGGGGUUCUGCAUGGAGGUCAGUGGCCUGUUGGAGCAGGACGAAUCAGUUCUCGACGACCCACAGCCGCCCCACCUUUCCCAUGGGUGUUGGGAGCUGGAAGUGGUGGAAUGAAGCCACGCAUCACCACAGUAACCACAGCUAGUAUGUCGGUACUUGCUGAGAGUGAUGUUUCCCUGCCCUGCAAAGCAACAGGGAAUCCUGAACCUACCAUUGCAUGGACCAAAGUCUCCACAGGUGCCACCAUUCCAGCCAAUACCAAGCAUGGUCCCCGUUUUGAAGUUUUCAAGAAUGGAACUUUUUUUAUUAAAAAUAUCCAGCUUCAGGAUCGAGGCCAGUACCUCUGCACGGCCCAGAACCAGUUUGGAUCAGAUCGCAUGGUGACCACCUUAGCUGUCCAGACUGAGGCACCCAAAAUCCAACCACCAAAGUCCACAGAGAUAGCAAUCUACUUAGGGAAAGGUGUGACUCUUGACUGCCUUGCCUCUGGAAAACCACCAGCCCAGAUUUCCUGGAUUCUUCCGGACAGGAUGUUUGUUCGUGAAGUCGGGAAUGUUCACACUCUCCUCUCUCCAAUGUCUCUGCUUCAAAAUGGAACCCUGCAAAUCAAUUCUGCUAAUUUCUCCAACAAAGGGGACUAUAAAUGUAUAGCAAGUAAUGCAGCAGGUGCUGAUACAAUUACUUAUCAUCUCCAUGUGGCAGCUCUGCCUCCAAGCAUCAGUGAAGGAGCAAUGGAUACUGUUGUCAUUCAGUCAGGCAGGAGUGUGUAUAUCCACUGCUCUGUGAAAGGAGAACCAAUGCCUACUCUGAAAUGGAUGCUCCCAGCAGGCGUCCAUGUGAAGCCAUCACAGUUUCUGGGACGCAGACUGUUUGUCUUCCCUAACGGGACACUCCUUCUGAAGACUGUUUCGCCAUCUGAUGGUGGGAGGUACGAGUGUUCGGCCACAAACACUGUGGGAAUCGCCAAAAGAUUUGUCCAACUGGAGGUGAGGGCAGAUUCUCCCACCUUCUCCCACCACCCUCUUCCUCCUGCUCUUCCCAUUCUUCCAACUCACCGCCAUGAUGUACCAUCCCGCCAACACUCUGUGUCUGCUAUGUACGGUUCUGCUGUCUACCUCCACUGUCCAGAGUCUACCGGAUCCACAAGAGGGACCAUCUGGCAGCUACCAUCAAAGACCAUCUUGGAGUAUAGAUACAGUCCGGAGAGACCAAUUAAAGUUUUCCGUAAUGGGACUCUGAGGAUUCUUCAGCUAACAGAGCUAGAUGGUGGAAAUUAUCUGUGUGUCUUUCAGCGGCCCAAUGGGGAGGACAUGGAGCUCUUCCAGGUGGAUGUGUUAAUGACUGCUCCCAGAAUCGAACAUGUGAGGACUGCACAAACCAGGGUCACCUUUGGAGAAAAUUUCCAGGUGGACUGUGUUGCAACAGGCCUGCCUGAUCCAGAAGUUUCCUGGAGUCUUCCAGAUGGAACUUUAAUCAACAACGCUCUUCAAUCAGAUGACAGUGGCCUGCGUAACCGCCGCUACGUUAUCUUUGGCAAUGGAACUUUACUUCUCCAGCAGAUGGGCAAAAAAGAUGAGGGUGACUACACUUGCUAUGCCAAGAACAAACUGGGCAAAGAUGAAAGAAAGGUCAGCGUCAAAGUGGGACCAAAUGCUCCAACGAUUAGAUUAAAAUCACAAUCUUUGGUGACAGCAAAGUUGGGAGAAUCAGCCAAGCUGAGUUGCCAGGCAUCAGGUGAACCUGCGCCAAAAAUCAUGUGGAUCUCACCACGAAAUGAUGUGAUACCAGUAUCAUCAGACAAAUUUCAGACCAUGGACGAUGGGACAUUGGUGGUGAGAAAGGUAAAACUUGCUGAUGAAGGAAAAUAUGCAUGUGUGGCACGAAAUUCUGCUGGUGAUGAUGUUAAAAACAUGAAACUUGAAGUUGAACCCCAAGAACCAUUCAUCAAUGGCAUGAAAGGAAAAAGUACUACAAAGAUUUUGGGUGUGUCUUACCAAACAGUACUUCUGGAUUGCAGAGUGGAAGGAAAGCCCGAACCAAGAGUGUGGUGGGUAACUCCUUAUGGCCACUCACUCACAACACCCUACCUUGGUGGUCGCUUCCAAGUCCACAGGAAUGGGAGCUUGGAGCUGAGAGGGGUGAGGAAAACGGAUGAAGGGAAGUACAUGUGUCUAGCUAAAAAUAAUCUGGGCGAAGCCUCACUUUUGGUUGAGUUAGAUGUAGCAUCACUAGCUGAGAAACCUAGCUUUGCUGUUCCCAAUAUUGAAAUUUUACCAAUAAAGCAAGACGGUGGGGAACUGAUCCUGGAGUGUCCUGCUCGUGGCAAGCCAAACCCAGAGUUUGCUUGGGUGCUACCCAAUGGAACAAUGUUAAUGCCUGGCGUUAGACUCCACCGCUUCACCCAUCAUUUGGGUAAUGGAACUCUAAGGAUCUCUCAACCAGUUGCAACCGAUAAGGGAGUCUACCGGUGCUUAGCAAAAAAUGUGGCGGGACAAGCGGAAAAACGUUUUGCACUGGAGGCAGGCAAAAAGCCAGUAAUCAGAGGAUCUACAGGUGUGAUGAAGAUCACUUAUGGCCUCAAUCUCAACUUGCCUUGCACUGUUGAUGGUUGGCCACAGCCGUCAAUCAUGUGGACCCUACCCAAUGGCCUUGUUUUGGACAAACCUCAAACCAUUGGCCGGGUAUCUUUUCUUGCCAAUGGGACCCUUCAACUCAGACAAGUAGCCAACUUUGACAAAGGAACAUACACCUGUAAAGCCUUCAACUCUUUCGGCUCAUCAACACUAUCCUACCCAGUUGUAGUGAUGGUUUUCCCGCCACGCAUCACCAGUACAUUGACCUCAAUAACGAGAGUUAACCGGGGAUCACCAGUGACAUUAGAUUGUAUUGCAACUGGUAUUCCCAAGCCCGAUAUUUCAUGGACGUUGCCUGGACGCACAACACUGGUUCCACAUAACCGGUUCACCGUACAGGGAGGGAUCCACAUGACAGAGGAGGGCAGCCUGGUCAUACAGAACCCUGUGCUCAUGAACUCUGGUAUUUACAAAUGCAACGCGAAAAAUGCACUCGGAAUGGAUUUCAAAUCUACAUACCUACAAGUAGUCUGAGUGACCACAGCUAUUCUAUAAUGGGAAAAUCUCAUAGUAGAAUUAAGACUGGAUGAGGAUUCUUCCAUUUUAGGACUGUAUAUGAUAAGGAUGCUGUGGACACAGACUGAAAGCUGCUUUACUACAGGUGAUCUGAGAUACCUUGCAAAGCAGUUUCCACCGAACAAUGAAGCUUCAAACAUUGACUUCCCGCUGUACAUUUACCUUUGGUAACUGUAGUUCUUUAUUUUAAGGUAUAAAUGUUGCAGAAGACUUUUAAUUCUACAUUUCAAGCAUAAAAUGUAUUUUAAUCCCACAAAUUGCCAUUUUUUUCUUGCUCAGAGCUUUGCAUCUUCAGCCUAGCCCUAAAGAUAUAAAUUCACGUUGCCCUUACAACAUUAUAGUUUGUAAAAAAUGUACUUUAAUGUACGAUUUUAUUUUGAUGUGACAUAGUAAGUGUUGCUCUUCCAGUGCAAAGACUUUUCUCUUUUGGUAUUGAUGUAUCUAAAUGUAAUGUGUACCCCCCUAUAUGCAUAUUGUUGUCUAUGCUCUGAUAGAAUUGCAAUUACAGCGAUUUCAGCUGUAUAGCAAAAUAGAUACUAGAAAGCACAUGAGACUUUUCCCUGCUAAGUUGACAAUAAAUACUCAAAAUUCCACAACCUCACAACAUACAGCAAUUAGGAGUAGAGUGUCAUAAUUUUCGCAUGUGGGUCUGUUUUAAAUUAUUCUACUCAUGUGCCUCAAUGCCGUAUUUUAUGAACUUUUACUGAGCAGUGAUACGAAUUCCCUCUAUUGCUGCUCUACAGUGUGUAACGUGGCUCACGAAUAAAAGUCUUUUAAUAAG